AUGUACCUUUUAACCGCCUCCUUUCUCGCAGUUCUCGCCGCCUCUGCCGUGAAUGCCGAGAAGCAAAUGCAAAUCAACUACUACAGUGAUCAUUGCAGAAGCUAUGUUGGCCAUGUGGAUGUAACAUGGGCAACGGCUUUGUACGGCGGAAAGGACAACUGCUACAACUACCAAUACGGCAACUCUGUCAACAUUGCCAAUUGUUACAAGCCCGGUGGUUGUCUUUGCAACUUUUACUAUCAACCCAACUGCCAAGGCGGCGCAACCCAGCAAGCUCAGGGCAACAACUGUAUAGGGGGUGCUCAGCAGCUCAAGUCAUUUGCUUGCUACUACCGCUGA